GCCAUGGCGAUCUCUGCAGCAGGCGUCCAGAACGUUGGCCUGCCCAGUCAGGCCGGGUCCCUGUACCAGAGGCACCGUUUCCACGCUCCCUGGAGCCUUCUCCCGGCUGCUCUCCCCGAGACCAAUGGCAGGCUGCCCGCUGGGAGCGCGGCCUUUUCACUGCUCCCCCCGGCUCCUGCAGAAGAAGCGGCGGCAGCCUGAGGAGCCGGAGCCGCGGGAGCUGGACCUGGUGCGCUACGACAUGAAGCACCUGACCAAGGGCCCCAAGCCCGCCCUCUACCUGGGCCUCUCCGGGCUCAUACCCUUCGUGACGGCCCCGCUCGUCAUGGCGGUGACCGAGCUGUACCUCCCCGACAUCGCCUACGCCCAGGUGGCCUACGGGGCCUCCAUCGUGUCCUUCCUGGGCGGGGCCCGCUGGGGCUUCGCCCUUCCCGAGGGCAGCCCCGCCAAGCCCGACUGGCUGAACCUGGCCAACAGCGUGGUGCCCUCCCUCGUGGCCUGGCUGGCGCUGCUGUUCCGGGACAGCAUCACCGAGGCGGCCAUGACGGUCAUCGUAGGCCUGGGCAUCUCUCUCCACUAUGACCUGUCCCUGCUGCCCGGCUACCCGAGCUGGUUCAAAGCCCUGAGGACGGUCCUAACUGUGGUGGCCGUGUUCUCCCUCGUGGCCACUCUACUCCUGAAGGACAUCUACCCAGAGAAGAAGCUGCGCUUCGGUGAUUGACUGAUAACGCCUAUGACAACAGAGCUCUCAAGGCAAAUAAAAUGUUAAAACACCGAACACACCUCGUUGACAAGUGCAUUGUUUUUGCACACUUGCAUAAACAGUACCGUUUUGCACUUCUGUCAUUUGAGACAUGCAUAGAUGAUUUAUACUGUUUUGUUUUGUCUUUAAGAAUAUUUUUGGUGGCUGUCUCUUGUUUUAACAACAUGAUUUCAUGCUAGUGCUGAGGAGGUCACAUGGCUGUGAUGAGGUUAAAUUGUACCUUAAGGCAGGGACACGGCAGCAAUGGUAGAGCAUGAACAGCUGGAAGUGUUAUAGGUUGGAAGAUUUAUUCAGGGUAUCUCUGUUACAGAAUUUCAUAAAAGAGGAUCCUCAGUGGUAACUGUGUGUUGUCAAAGUCAGUGGCAGUUAAAAGGCAGUGCUGGUAUGGCAUUCAUUACAACACUUUGUCAUAAAUGCACUGGUCCUUAUUUGCUUGUGUUGUG